AUGCCAGGCGUUCCGUCAAACAAGGCAUGCGAUCAGUGUAAAAAACGUCAUGUCAAAUGUGACGAAGGCCGCCCGAGCUGUCAAAAAUGUACCACCGCAGGGGUAGAGUGUCCUGGUUACUCGCAGGAUCGCAAAUUCAUUGACGAAGGUGCUUCUGUCCGCCGUCGCUAUGCUCCCUAUCGCAGAGGAGCAAAGUCCGAUAGAACCACAGAAACCAACGAACCCCCAGUAGUCUCGGAUGAAAACAUAGACCAAAGCAAUAUUUCUAGCACCUUUAGCGCAGCAUUAGGUCACCAAGCUGACAAUUCAGCAUCUGAAAAUCUUGAACCAAUCUCGACAGAUUUGAACCUGACGCAGACUGCGGCGAACGAAUCAAACAUCGUCCCUCUUGGAUUGACAAAUCCUGGAGCCUCAACCGACCAGUCGCAAAUAAUGAUGCAAACUCCUUCUAUUCCCGCAAAUGAAUCGCUUGGCCCAGUCAACCUGAUCGGCCCUUCAGUUCCUUAUGAAACCAAUUUUGUUUUUCCAUGGGAAGCAGGUUUGGGACCAAAUUUUAAUCAGCAAUAUACCGGGGUGCCUCCAUUAUCUCAGAACGAAAACGAAUUUGAUAAUAUUUACUCCGAGCUCCUGAUGAACAGCGAACGAGAAAUGGCGUUUCUCGCAAGGUAUUAUGUUGAACGCUUGGGACCUUGGCUCGAUCUGCAUGACUCGGAAAAUUAUUUUACUUUGGAUGCUCCAGGAAGGGCAUCCCAUGUUCCUUUUAUUCAGAGCGCCAUCUCAGCAGUAGCCGCAAAGCAUCUAAAUCGCACUGGUGGAAUCACGCCCUCAAACGUUCAAUCAGCGAUAACGCAGAGUUAUCCAAACAUGGCCAAAGUCGAUUGGUCUUUCAAGGCCAGCAAUUAUUACUUUCAAUCCUUAUCAUACAUAAUCCAGCUAGUUACGGGAAAUCUCGAUUUCCAACAAACUGACGUGACAGUUCCCCCAAUUCGUAUCCUGUGUCAGAUCUUAGGUCUCGGUACGGAUAACAGAAAGUCGGACAUACCAGCCGCUGUAAAGGCCAACCUUGAAGACAUCCUAUGUGGUACGGUCAUUCUAACAGUUUAUGAUAUCCUUGAUGCUCCUGGUCUAGAGUGGGAAUCGCGCUUGUCUGGCAUCAACGCUCUAUUAGAAUUUUCCAUGUUCUCGCCUGGACUGCAGACUCAACUCCACACAUCACACGUGAUAUAUGCCUCUUUCUGGAACUUCGCAUACUUCGACUAUCACGCAUCCUACGCGAACCGACGACGAACCCAAAUAGACCCAAGCAAUCUUGAUCUUUUUCGGUCUGCCGGGCUACCAAUUGACGGCCAGGGCAAAAUACAGCUCCGAAAUUUCGGUGCUGCACGGCGCUCGCAAGUGGAUGAAACAUUUUCUCACGGUCUAACGUUUCUUCUCUUGCAGCUGAUGAACUUUAUUGCCGAGUUCAAAGAAAUGCAGCAGGCAACUAUGCAAUCUACAACGCCUCCUGACAUUUCCCUUGAUGCCCCAGCUCCCCAAUCGAGCAGCUUGACAGCAACAUGGCGUCGACUAUCACGGGAACUCGAAAACUGGCGCAACGCUUUACCCGAUACCUUUAAACCAUACCUCCAUCUCGAAGACCCCCGCGAACUUUCAUCUUCCAUUCAGUCCCCUUUCCCCGAACUUGUAUUCAGUACUCCCUCUCACGCAGCCACUAUCGCGCACUACAACUUUGCGCGCAUUAUUUUGCUUCUCAAUCGUCCACACGAUGCGCAAAGCACACCACGCGACCGUCUUCUCGGCUAUCGAGAAGUUACAAAGGAAGUCGACGGCUGCCUUCGCGAGAUAGGCGGGAUUUCAAUGGGAAGGCCGCCCACAGCUGUUCUGGCGUAUAUGCUCCACCCGCUGUUUGUAGUCGGCCAGUGCGAUGACCGACCAGAAGCGCGACGGAAAAUUGUUGAAUUGAUACAAGGAAUCCGAACCGAGCUGGGCUGGGAAACAGACUACCGGAUCAAGCAGUUACAUGCAGUCUGGGACCGAAGUUGA